UAUACAGCUGGAGUUCAAUCUUACCUCCAUUCGAGAGGCUCAAAAGUCAACUACCCUUAAUCGCGAUAUGAGCCGUCUCUCGCGGAUCACCUUUGUAUUCCUUCCACUCCUCUUUAUAUCUGGAUUGUUCGGCAUGAAUGUUGAUGUCCUCAAGGUGAACCCGCCUUGGUGGUGGUAUAUAGUGUUUGCGGUUGUGGCACUGGCCUUGACAAUGACCGUUUGGAUCAUCUUCAAGCGAUACCCAAAUGUACGUAGGCCUUGUAUUUCGAGAGUUCUCUUGUGGUCAUACGCUGAUAGAUUUGUCAAUAGUUAGAAGACAGGAUAGAGAAGUCGUUUGCGUGGCUU